AAAUAGGCUAGUCGUGCAAAUGCUUAUUUUUCACUUACAGUAUAAGAAAACGUUUGAUUUGGUUUGUGUGUAGAAAAUGUCACCUCGUAUUACAAGAGCAAACUCAAGAAAUGCGUUGCUCGACGACAAAGCCACUGCUGUGCCUUAUUGUCUUAGAUCCAGGGUGCCAUUAGGAAAUGCAUCUAAUGUUAUCGGGCACAGUAAAGCUGCUGAUAAAUUACCAAAGAAAGAGAAGACGGCACGCUUGAAAAAAGAACGCACAAAAGCCAAGGGUAAAGCUCCUUUACCAGAGAAGAAUGAAAAUAUCUCUAUGGUGUGUGAAACAGUCAAGCAGCCAGUUACACACACAGCUGAAACGGUUGAUGUUUCUCAGGGCGCAAAGAGACAGGGUGCUGAUCCUCAAACUUUCUCCAGAUUGUUGCUUGACAUCCAAGAUGUGGAUUCUGCUGAUGCCGUUGAUGCUGGGAUGUGCAGUGAAUAUGUGCUGGACAUCUACAGUUAUCUACAACAGCUCGAGGCAAGGGUUUGGGAAAGGCGUAAUCGGCAUAACCAUUUCUACGUUACUAUGGCCAUCAGACCAUGUUAUCUGGAGGGCCAAGAGAUCACCGGUGCGAUGAGAGCUGUUGCUAUCGACUGGCUCAUGCAGGUGCAGGGAGAGUUUAAACUUCGGCAGGAGACCAUGUUUAUGACCGUCAACCUUAUCGACAGUUUUCUUCAGAAAACUGCUGUUCCCAAGAAGUACUUUCAAUUGGUCUGUGUGACUGCAAUGCUGAUUGCUUCCAAGUAUGAAGAGAUCUACCCGCCCACAGUGGGGGACUUUGCAUUUGUGACGGAUGGCACCUACACCUGUGAAGACAUGCGCAGAAUGGAGAAAAUCAUUCUCAAGACGUUAAAUUACAGCCUUGGAAAGCCAGUCGCCCCUCACUUUCUGCAGAGGGCAUGCAAGGUUGGCCAGGCUGGUCCGAGGGAGCAGGAGUUUGCCACGUUUCUUAUGGAGCUUGCUGUGCUGGAUUAUGACCUGGUCCACGUUGCUCCAUCUCUCAUCGCGGCCGCUGCGUUUGCAGCUUCUCUGAGAAUCCUUGGCUCUGGGGAAUGGAGCUCCAUCCUGCAGCAUUACACGGGGUACAAGGAGGAAACUUUAGCUCCAGUGAUGCAGGGUAUUGUACGCAUGCUGGAAAAAGUUACUGAAGAAUCCAAGUGGCAGGAAAUGAAGAGCAGGUAUGCGAAAGUGUCUACAAGUGUCUGUGGAGUUGGGGCCAAAUGCGUCUCGAGUGAGAAUGUGGCAAAGCUUCUAUGCUAAGACCUGUUUGAGUUUUAGGGCACUUACAUUACAUAUUACUUAAGGCACUUAAACUGUUUUUAUCAAUAUUAAGUACUUUUAACAUUAUACAUUUUAACCCCAUUCUGUUUUAUGAAAUGGAAUGUGUAUUCUGUCAAGAUAAGUGUGCAAUCUAAAUUGAUGUUUUUAAGUGUCUCCAUUUGAAACCAGGAUGAUGUCAAUAAAUUGAUUUAA